AUGAUAGCUGCAGGUACCCAAGUGAACUGGGAGAAUUUCAAGGGGCUAUUCUUGGAGAAAUACUUUCCCCGAGAUGUGAGACAUAAGAAACAGGUGGAAUUCCUUAAGUUGAAGCAAGGAUAUGAUUCUGUGGCUGAGUAUGUGACUAAGUUUGAAGACUUGGUUAGAUUUUUUUCUAUGCAUGAUGGUUUGGGCAAUGAGGAGGACAAAUGUGUGAAGUUUGUGAGUGGUCUUUUCCUUGAGAUAAAACAAGUUUUCAAUUACCAAGGGAUCAUCACUCAAUAUCAUGAACUGGUGAACAAGUGCCGAUUCUAUGAUGAGGACAACUGUGCUAGAGUAACUCAUUAUAACAGUGGAGGACACAUGAGGAAUCAUAAUAAGUUUGGGUCAUCUGGUAACGAUAACCCUUACACCAAGUCUGUCGGGAAUUCGAGUUCUAAAGUGAAUAAUCAAGAUUCUGUGCAACAAAGGAGCCAAGCUAACCAAAUUUCUAGAGGAGGGAGUGUGGGCUCUGUUCCACACAACAACUAA